GGGACUAACUGGAAUUCAGAGAUUCAAUCUGGCCAAUCAGUGCAUUGUUAUGAGAUUUCAGCCUUGUCUGGUUUUGGUGGAUUCGAUCUAGUCACAAAUUAUCCACACUAGCUGCAAGGCUACGAUAACAAUUUUGUUUUCCGAUAACAAGAUUUAACAAAACCAUCUAUCAUCGCUACAACAUUAAUAUCAACAUAUUUCUUCCUCAACAAUGUCAGAUCCUCUUUUAUCAUCAUUAUGUCGCAUCUGUCAUAUCAAUCCCACCAAGUAUACAUGUCCACGAUGCUCCCAGCAAACAUGUUCACUUCCCUGCUCCAAGCGUCACAAAGUCUGGUCAACAUGCUCUGGUGUUCGCGAUCCUACCGUGUACAAACCGAGGUCACAAUUGGCAACUCCUUCGGGCAUUGAUCAUGAUUAUAACUUCCUCCAUUCAAUUGAGCAUCGAAUUGAGAGAUCGGAAAAGGAGAUUGUGGAAGAGCGAGGACUUGUAAAGAGAAUGGAACUCGAGUUGGCAAGACAAGGCCCUAAAGAUGACAGGAGACGACCCAACAAAAGCAGAGGCAACCAGCGUGAAGACUUUCUCACAAAAAUGCUUCAAAGUUCUGGAAUAACGGUAGUCAAAGCGCCAAGCGGAAUGUCUAGAAAUUUGGAGAAUACAUCUACUUGGAGUAAAUCGCAGAAGUGUAUGAAUUGGCAGAUAGAAUGGAUUCGAGAGGCUGAUGCAGGCGGAAGGAUAUUGCAUAAAUCGAUAGACAAAUGGUCAAUUAACGACACCUACGCACUGCUCUUGGAAGAACAACGAAGGUUGAGCAUGGCACCAGAGGAAAAGGCAGCUCUGAAGAAAAGGAAGGCAGACGAAUCAAAAGAAAACAAGGCCAAGAGGAUCAAGACAGAUGAAUGUUUGUUGGAUAUAUCACCGCUAUCUCUAUUUCAGGACUCGAUUGGUGCUUGGAAUACAAUUUUGGAUCAGCCAAUUUUAUCAAACUGGCAAAAUUCCACACGCCAAACUCAAGCGCCGCCGAAGCUUGAUUCCAAGUAUCGUUUCUACCUCCAUCGACCUAAGACGCGAUCAUCAUAUCCUAAAGUAUUGAUACCUUUAGAUCCAUCACAGCCACUUUGUAAAGUCUUAGAGAAUCGCACAGUUCUCGAGUUCCCUACUUUCUAUGUCUUUGAGUCCGACAAACUUCCAGAAACCUUUAUGCUUGAAAGAGCCUACAUCGAAGCAACAGGAGACGGACCAGAGGUGGAAAGUGAUGAGAGUGAGGAAUCUGAAGACGAGACCAGUGACGUCUCUUCAGAUGAGGAUGAGAAUGAAGAAGAAGAUGAAGAUAAGGAGAUGGAGGAUGGAGAGGUUGCAUCAUAAAACCUCACAGCCUGAUGCGAUUAAAUUGUACAAAGAUUUGUUGUUCAUGAUACCCACGCACUAAUAAUUAAAGACGUUCACUCGAAUACCAUGCCAUUUGUUUCUUAUAUACCUACA